AUGCGUUUCGAAAUCGUUGCACUUCUGGCGGCAGCUGCCACCUCUUCCGCUCAGUCGGUCGUCGGCACAGCCUACGGUUACGGUGCCGGUGCGACUGGUGGAGGAAAGGCCGCCGCUGUCACCCCGACCUCAAACGAGGAACUCGAGAAGUACCUCGCCGAUGACACCGAGCGCGUUAUUGUGCUCAAUAAGGUGUUUGACUUCACCGGCAAGACCGCAACCGGUGCUGGUUGCGACAAGACCACCUGCUCAGCCAAGAGCGGCGGUGGACAGUACUACUUGGGCGACCUCUCCUGCGGUGGUUCGGAUAUGACAGCCGUCAGCUCUAUCACCUACGACGCAGCUGGUGAGACCGCGCUCAAGAUUGGAUCCAACAAAUCUAUCCUUGGUGUUGGCGGAAAGGGUGUGAUCAAGGGCAAGGGUGUCUCCAUCGCCAAAGACGCCAGCAACGUCAUCAUCCAGGGUGUCGAGUUCACCAACAUCAACCCUGGCAUCGUCUGGGGAGGUGACGCUGUCGACAUGCAGGGAGGAAACACCAAGAUCUGGGUCGACCACUGCAAGUUCUCGCUCGUCGGACGCAUGUUCGUCGUCAGCCACUACGACGGUUCUGAGGCCACACUGUCCAACAACGAAUUCGACGGUGUCACUGACACCUCGGCUACCUGCAACGGCAACCACUACUGGACAAUGAUGAUGAUUGGAAAGACCGAGAAGUUCACUCUCGACAAGAACUACUUCCACGAUGUUUCUGGUCGCGCCCCCAAGCUCGGUCAGGAUGGUGUCAGUAGCACUUUCCACGCUAUCAACAACUACUUUGAGAACAUGAAGGGUCACGCUUUCGAUGCCUACGAUGGUGUCAGCGCCCUUGUCGAGGGUAACGCGUUCGUCGCCGUUGACCAGCCCAACACCGAGCACGCUGCCGGCGUCAAGACCUUCGUAAGCAAGGGUGGCAAUGCCUGCUCUUCUGUCUUUGGUCGUGCUUGCCUCGAGAACAGCGUCGACUCUUCCAGCGGCAAAUUGUCCCCCGGUUCCUCUUCUGGCUUCAUUGCUCAGCUUGGAAAGAUUGACGUUCCUGAGGUUCUUGAGGCCAGCAAGGUUGCCGCUUACGUCAAGGCUAACGCUGGUCCCGCCAACCUUGGUGCUUCAUCCGCAUCUGCUCCUGUUAAGGUUGUUGACACUAAGCCUUCAACUCCCACCUCUAAGGCCGCUAGUAAGCCAGCUGCUACCACCAAGGCCGCUGCCGCGCCAAAGCCUACCGCUACUGCCGGAUCUAACUCUUCCGCCGGGGCUGCUAAGCUCUACGCUCAAUGUGGCGGUCAAGGCUUCACUGGCCCCACCAAGUGCGAGGCCCCGGCUACCUGCGUCAAGAGCAAUGACUGGUACUCCCAGUGCAUCAACAGCUCUUCCAAGUUCCGCCGCGCUUUCGGCCGCUACUUCUAA